GCUCUGCCCCAGGAAAGUCUCCUGGAAAGGGCACCUCAGCUUAUGCUCAGUACAGGGAGAACAUUAGCAGGGAGGCAAAGUCUGCUCCCCAUGACAUCUGCUGUCCCUUCUUGGACAUUCUAUUGUCUCCUAGAGAGUUCUGGCAUCCUCUGUGAUGUCACCAGUGUUGUAGUGACAACCAGUGCCCUAGUUUCUCUCAGUCCGAGUCUGGCGGUUACAAGCUAAGACAUGUUUUUCUGUCUUCGCAAGCGUUUUUGGAGGGGGAACGUCGAUUGUGGAGAGACUAGAGUGAAGGAGUCUGGCCUUUCGUCUCAAAGUAAUGAUGGACAAAGACAGCACUUCUGGGGAAUGUGGAACGCUGGGAGAGAAACAUCAUCCCCUGGCACUGACCUAAGCAAGAAUCAGGCCAUGAAGGAAAAGGAGAGGCUGAUUAAAGAGCUGCAGCUCAUUACCGAGGAGAGAAAUGACCUGAGAGAUCGCCUGAGGUUUCUGACAGAGAGAUCCAUGAAGAACAGGCCACACUUCAGGCCAAAUCCAUAUUAUGAAGACCUGGAGAGAAUGGAGGAGGCGGUCAUGUCAAUUCUGCACAACUUAGAGAUGGAGAACACUGAGGUCCAUGAGAACAACCAUAAGCUGAAGAAGGAGAUUACCUUCUCUAGAAACCUGCUCAGCCAGCUCCUGAUGGAGAACACAUGUAGGAAGAAGUUGGUCCCUCUAAAGCAGGAGAGCAAGGAGGUACAUCUUGAUUGUGCACUGAACCAGAAAUAUUUGGUUGACUUCAACAAGAAAGAUAAAGACCAUCAACAGCCAGAACCAGCAUUAUCAGGUCUCAGAAAGUGCAAGAGAGCUGGAAUUGGACACACCCCAGUAAGAGAGCUUCCUGAAGAAUAAGUUGCUUUCUCAGGAGUCCCUGAUGACCAACAUCCUGAAUGGUAACAACAUUUUUUGGAUGAGUAUUCAUCCUCUGCGUUAAUUUGUCAUUUCUUAGAGACCCUAAAUUUAUAUACCACUAAGCCAUCCUGACUGAUUGAGGUCUUACUCACUUUCUUCUUCAGAAAACAGCACCUGAGAGACAACUUGGGCGACUGCCUUUCAUUAUGUGUGCUAGAGGAGAAACAGCAAUACGUCUGUGCUUCUAAAUAUUCGUUAAGAAUAUGCUUUUAGAAAUAUUUUUGUUAUGAUUUUAAUUGAAGUUUUCUUUUUGUUGUUUCAUAUUUAUAUGUUCUUGUUACUAUUUUUACUUUCAAAUAUUUUUAAAUAUUUUUAUUCAUUUUAAUCCUGUUUUGUUGUAAAAAUGUAUUUGUUAUGAAUAAAAAUUGAAUUCUA